AUGCCGCGAUGGGGCGUGGGUACGACGGACACCACCAAGGUGUCGAUCGAAAUGAGGUACAUGCUCGCAGACCGGAUACAGGCGAUGCUUGACGAUCUCAUGAGACUACGGGUCCGAGCGAUCCAGCGCGCGUCCCCGUCGGAUAUUGGGAUCUUCGCUAUAAUGGUGCCACUGCCCAGGCCGGAGGAGCACGAAGAAGAGGAGCUAUACGACCUUUGGUCUCGAUCCGACUUUCCGUGGUUGUAUGGAGAGGACGCCAUCGUCCCAUGUGCAGAUGAAGAUUAUACUAUAGACUUUGCUUUCGGGGAUCCUGCAGAGUGUCAGGGCAUUCCCGUUGACGAAAUCGCGUUCGAUGCAGAAUCCGAUUCGGAUGACGAUCACGACUACGACGACGCCGGCGCACACGAUCAAGACACUCGCUACGAAGAUUGGUUCUCCAACCGAGAAACGCCAACCCGAUCACCGUCACCUCAACACGAAAGCGAUUGCUCGGAUAUCGAUCCUGAAACCCGCGGUCCGAAUCAGAGUGAUGAGGCCAAGCACACCCUUCUACUACCUUGGAGUCAAUCAUUCCCGGAAGAUUUAAAGUCGCACCUCGACCGAGUUGAAGCCGACGACAACCAGAACGUCGAUGGCUCGAGUUCGGGGAACUGUUGCACGACAAGGGUUUCGGAACCGUGCCACCCAACCUCAGCUUCGCCUUCAGACAGCCCAAAUGCGAAUUACAAGACCCCCUUUCAGAGCCUGUGCGACUCAACAGAACCCCACAACUACUAUACGAUUUCGGCAGAGCAACUCGUACGACUACAGAGUUGUAUCGAGCUCAUCGGAGACCUCCACGACUCCGCCUUGCGCAGUAUCAGAGACGUCAAAGCCGCUCUGAAUCGUCGUGAAGCCCGACAUCGACUGAGAGCAUCCGGCGGUGAUUUCACCAGGUUUAUGAAGAGUCGCGGGCUGGGAACUCCCUUGGUGAAUGUGAUUGCCAUUGACGAGGUGUGGCCGGACACAGAGUGGGACGCACCCACCUGGAAGCCGCCACGGAAGAAGAUCUGCUACGGCACAAGAAGACCCGUGGGACCGCCGGCUGCAGGGAUCUGA